AUGUCAGAGGCACUGCCUUCCGAUGAAGGUCAGAUGCCCACUUGCCAUAGCCAACAAAAAUCUCAACAAGAUGCCGUCGAUGCUCCUCGAAUCGCGUCAGAUCCCUCAGGAAAUACGUUUAGUGCCGGAAUCCACUCCAUUUUUUCUGGAAGCAUUGGUCCUAUUGUUGAAGCCGAAAUGAAUCGCAUGAAGGAGAAGCUCAGAGCGGCAGAGGUAGAGACCAGCAAGUGUCGCAACACGUUGGAGGGCUAUCAGGCGGAACUCUACAGGUCCCAAGGAGAAGUUCAUUCAUAUGCAAGGAAAUGCCGCGAGAUCCAGCAAGAACAGCAGGGGCUAGUGCAAACGAACACGAACCUCGUGCAUGAGCUAAAUGCGGUCAACAGGCGAUUGGAAGAGACAAAGGCCCUCGGCCUCAGAUCUGGAAUCAGAGACACCGAUUCAGGAAGAUAUUGGGCAGGCGCUCAGAUCCUUUUGACCGAAGCCCACGCCCUUCCAUACACCGAUCUUUUGGAUAAGGUGGAUGCUUUCAACAAAGAAGUCGCUGUUGCAUCUGGCUUUCUAAGGAAACACAUCAUCUACAGAAGCCAAGAUGCAUUCCAGGAGGAAUUUGAUGAAGCACGUGAAGAAAUCGAGGCCGUCCUUGGGCGCUCUAUCUGCGCCUUGCUCGUUUCUCAGUCACGAAAUGCAGAACUCGGCGCGGCCACUCCGCCUGCACUUUUCGUCCAGAUAAUUACCCAGCUGUUGCUUGUGGCGUUUUCUGUUUCUGAGAUUUCACAGAGAAGCGCUCUUUUAGAUACAGGUGAUGGCAAAUCUGACCUCUCCUCUCGUGAGCAUCACCAAUUGCAAACCUCCCAACCUCCAUCCAGCUGGAACAAGUUUAGAACUUCGUUUCUGGCAAAACUAUCAAUGGUAUUCAAGACUGCAGCAUGGUCAAUUCCAGGUUCAGAGGCACGGGCGGAAUUCGCGUUGCGUUUGAAGCCCUUGUUCGUAGCCAAGGAAGAUUUGGGCGUCGCUAUCCGAGAAACUUUCGCAUCUGACAAGAUCGAACCUGCCAUUGUCGACUACGGCGCUUCAUUUACCCCGGAAAUAAUGCAAGAUGGGUUCCCGGGCUCGGAAGGAAAAGCGGUGGCUGGUGAAUUGGGUGUUACUGACCGGGACAAAGGAAAGACUCAGCUACCUUCUUCUCGUUUCGAUGGCAGUGAUAUAAAGUAG